AUGGCGAUGGACGCUUUCACUUUUGAGUCGAAAGGCACAAAAGUGUCGGACGCGAAACAACGGCUGCUUGUGAGUGAACAAAAUAUUCCGGAGAGUAGUCCAGCAAUUUCCAUGGACGAGUUUGGAUUCCAGAGCAUUAAGCCUUUGAAUGUGUCUGAGAGAAAGUCUUCAAAUCCGCUCAAUACAAUCUACGAUGACGACAAGGAGAACCAUCCUGGGUUAUUGGGAGAUGACAAUGGUGAUGAUGAAGAUGAUGAGGAACCAAUUGGAGCCAUUAAAGCCAACAAUUCGCCUUUUCCUGAUGAUCACCAGAAUAACGGCUUCUCUGAGAGCCACAAACCCAGUCUACCAAUCAGCGAGUCUUUCCAAUCCUCCUACACCUCCGAGAAUGCGUCUUUUGUGACUGCUAUGGAUCCUUAUGGGUCAGCCGAUAACUUAACAGAGAAAGCUGUAAUUGUCGAGACAGAAGAAGCAGUUUCUACGACCGCUGACGAUUCUUUUGGUGCUGCUGAUGAGACUAUGCUCACCAGUUCGAGAGACUCGUCGUUUCAUACGGUUGAGACUGACGAUUUCGAAGAAUUUAACGGCUUACAAAGAGAAAACUCAUGGGAGAAAGAUGAUGAAGCCACUCCAAUAGUGCCUCAAAACGAGUGGACCGACGCAACUUCCGGUGACGAAGGUGAUGACGAGGAUGAUCACAAUGAUGAGGACGAAGUUACGAUGCCACAAGUUCAGGAAAGCAAGAACAUUAGUAGCGAUAGGUUCAACGAGGUCAGACUGCCCAUGAAUGCAAAGCCAAUGAGGCUCAAUCGCGCCGGUAAGCCUAGUCACAUCAGUUCAGUAUAUGCCUCGAGCGUUUACUCUGAGAGGAACACCAUCACGCCAAAGUAUAUCACUUCGUUUGAUCACAGCGGGUCGCCUGGUGAGUCACAACUCAGCGAGAAAAUUAGAAUGCCUGAUAUCAUUGAGAGUGCCAGUCCAAUUGUUCCAGAGGGUCAAGGAGUUUAUGCUCCUCUUCCAGAGGAAAAAGAAGAUGAUGAUGAUGAUGAUAGCGAUCUGUCUACUCUGUUCGUUAUUGCAACUCACGCCUUUGACGUCCAAAGCCUGGAAUCCGAGGACGACUCGUCCAUAUGCCUUUCCUUCUCAAAGAACGACAUCGCCUUCACGCAUGCCCUUGAUGAAAGCGGCUGGGGAGAAGUGACUCUGCUCAAUACGUUGAAAAGAGGCUGGGUUCCCAUGAACCACUUCAGAUCCGCUGUUUUUGCUGAGUCUGAAGACUCGUCGCGUCUUUCCAUGAUGGUGCCGUUGGGCCCAAACGCUAAGUUGGCCAGUUCUAAAAGGCCGUUGAAACCAUUGUUCCACACGGCAGCAAAGUUUUUGCUCAACCCUCAAAAUAAGCCUGUCAAGUUCAAUGGUACUGCUGAGAUCAAAGGAAGAACUUUCCAGCCCACCUACAUCAACGGAAUCAGUGAUGGUGUCAGAAUACUUCUUCAGGACACGGACUGUCUUUCUAGAACCAAUGCUGUUGUUAAAAGCAGGCCAAUUAUCAGAAAAAUAAGAAAGAACCUUCUUAACGACUGGUAUAACCUAGUGGUCAAAGCGCAGCAAUACAGAAACACCAUGGACCACACCAAGAUCGAAAUUUUGCAACUGAUGAUCUUCCAGGUCUUGCGCAAAGCCAUCGCGUUUCUUGAGAUUUGGGGUCUUGAAAGCGAUAUGGUGAAGAGUGAGCCAGCUUUAGCAUCUAAGCCAGCAGCAUCGGUUUCGAACUUGGUCUACCUGAAGGAUGCCCCAUUUGCCAUGGCCAGAUUGAAUGAAGUCCAAUACCAUCUAUCCACGUAUCUGGCGUUGAUUAUGGGUAGAUUGGAUCUGGUGGAGCAUAACAAAGUCGGUUGUAAGCUUCUCCAAACCAUUGUGAGUCAUCUGGUGUUACUCCAAUCUGAUUUUGAAUCCAUUUAUACCGAAGCCAGAAACAGACUGCCGGAAGGAUCCACAAACAUGAAGGUUGUUGUUCAAUUGAGCGACUCUUUGAAGAUGUUUGGCAAGAUGGUUCAAAACCUGUCAAUUGCUACUGAUGUUCUGGUGAAGAGAACUUUGGCAGGGCGUCAAGCGAAUCCUACCAUGGAGAAAACAAUUCCCCAGAACGGAAACUACUUUUAUACAAAAGAAGGUGCUGGUGUGAUCAACGUUUCCUCCCGUAUGGUUUCCACUGUGGUUCAUAAUUCCCACAUGCUGAAAAAACUGCUGGACAUUUGCAAAGACUUCAAGCUCCCGGAAUCGAGAAAAUAUCCUGACUUCAUUCGCAUGAAGAUUGAACCCGAAGCUUUCAUCAGAAAGUGCUCCAUGGGACUUCUUGAAGAUCCAAAUGUUUCCAACCAGAUGAAGGCGCAUCAGAAGGAAACCGACAAGAAAAGGAACAGACAAUCUAAGCGUUUCUCGAUGUUUAGAAGUGGUAUGUCAACUUCUAUGGCUAUCACCGCCGAAGGUCUCGAUCAUCUUUCCGAGUAUCUUCCUCCACUUGAGAAGUCUUCUCCUUUCAUUGCGGGCUCUGGUGAAUUCGAACAGUUCAUGUCAAAUGAUUCUAACGCUCCAACAGCUGACAGCAACUAUUCGGCAAUCAAAGAUGAAUUAUUGUAUGAUUCAAACGGAGCCCUACUGGGAGCUUCGUUCAAAGGUCUGGUUCACCUUUUGACUGACGAGGGAAAUCCACCCGACUAUUUCUUCACUUCUGCUUUCUUCCUAACGUUCAGAAUCUUCUCGAACGGUAGCGAUCUUCUUGAGGAGCUCGUGGGCAGGUUCGAUGUCAGCAACAAAAAUGUAGACCAGCAGCGCAAGCUUGGUCUCGAGGAUGCCACAGGAAAGUUUUCUUCUUUCGAGUCUCGUAUUAGAAACAGACGAAAGCUGGUUUGUAACACCUUCCAAUUAUGGUUGGAAAGUUACUGGAAGCCUAAGACAGAUUACAUUCUUCUUGCGACAUUGAUCAACUUCUUCAACGAGGGUAUUAGAGAUUUCUUGCCAAUUGAGACAAUAAAGCUAAUUGAGGCAUGCGCAAAGCUGAUAGGUCAGCCUCCUGUUGAGUCUGCACAGGACAGGCUCAAUUACUACAAUAACAUUGAUAGUGGUGCCCAACUGGUGAGUAGGAAGAUCUCUCCUCAACUCCAAGAGAAGGCUGUCAAUGGUUCCAGUAAGAGAAGAUCUUCGUUCUCGAUGCACCGUUCUUCCUUCACGUCUGACUUUGACAACUAUGACUUGGAGAAUGUAAGUUCGGAUGACGAUUCGUCUUCAAGCCUAUCCCUUGGAUUGCCUUCUGGCAUUGGCAAUUCGUCAAAGACCGGCAAAUCUCUGUUGAACAAGAGACAGAUGGACUCAAUUGAGAUUGUGAAUCAGUCUUACCGUAACAUGUUAGGCGAUCAUUGGAAAUCGUCAACUCAAAGAGACAGGUAUGUUGCCCUGCAGACAGAUGAAUUGGUGAAGCUUUGGUGGAAGAUCAGUCGUGAAAGCUGGAAGAUCUUGAACCAAGACUUGGUUCUGUUGAAUUUCAACAGUUUGGAGAUUGCCAAGCAGCUGACUUUGAUUGAAAGCAACAUGUUCUGUUCUAUCAAGGUGGAGGAGCUGUUGAACCAAAAUUUCACUGCCAGCAAGCUCCAUCUCAAUCUUUCGCCUAACAUCCACCGCUCCAUUUUGUUCACCAAUGCUCUCUCCGACUACGUUUUGGAAACUGUGCUGCAUCCCAACCUCACUAUGAGACAGAGAAUCCACGCGCUGAAGUGUUGGCUCAAGGUUUCGCUAUCGUGUCUGUAUUUGAGGAACUUCAACUCUCUGGCUGCCAUCAUGACCUCUCUCCAGAGUUUCAUGAUCAGCCGUAUCACCAAGAUCUGGACCGACUUGACCCCCAAGUACAUGGAACUGUUUGAGUUUUUGACAUCGAUCAUUCAUCCGGACAGGAACUACUCUGUGUAUCGGGCAAAAUUGAAGGAGUUCCUGUCUGCAAACGUCACCCUGGAUGUGCCAAUCGUUCCUUACCUGUCGCUGUUCCUGCAAGAUUUGACGUUUAUCGUUGACGGAAACUCGAACUAUAGAAAUGCCACGACAUUCCUGAGCCAGAAACUCAUCAAUAUCGACAAGUAUUUCAAGAUCACCAGGAUUAUCAGUGAUCUGGAGACUUUGCAGAUCAGCUAUUCCGACAUUUAUGGCGAUGUAGCCCGGAAACAGUCUCUUUCCAGAAGACUCUCGUUCUUCUCCAACAACCGUCGCAACAGCACCAGAUUUGAAGAAGACAACUUUGAGAUUGCGCCCGUCUAUGGCCUGCAGGAGCUGGUUCUUCUGGAAGUGUGGAAGGUGAAGCAGAUCAAUGCCAAGGAGGACGACCGGCCUUGGAAGCUGAGUUGCAACAUUCAGCCUCGAGAGGAGUAA